AUGGCUUUCGUAGAGGCCGUCUCCCAGCGUACGGAGGUCGACGCACUCUCUUCGUCACCACAGUUGACCGCCGAUAUGGUCUUCAAAGGUCGCGAUGAAGCCGACGAAGUGCGCCGAGACAUCUUCUUCCUCACCGUCACCGCCGAAGGGUUCAGAUUCGGCCCGACGACACCUGCCAAACCUGCCGGCGCGACUCUACUCAACAAGAACACUUUCGUUUUCCUCAGUCACAUCUCUACCCUGCUCACCACCGGUAGUCAAUCCGACUUCACCGCUGCCUCUGUCAACGCGGUCACUGGCCAACUGGAGCCUGAUGGCCAUCUCUCUAUCAUCUGCACCCGGAACGAGACCGCGGCUCGUUCGUCCUCGACGUCGCCUAAGAUUAUGAAGAUCGCCACCGACCCGGGAGCAGCGCGGCGCUUGCUCGAUGAUUGGUUCGAUGCAACCAACGCGAACACAUCUUUCGACGAACAUCUGUGUGACGUCGGGUCCAUCGUUGCCUACAUCCUCGGGAUGUCCCCACAGGAGCGGCAAAGCAAGGAUCUGAUAAAGCUCGAGUUGUUCUUCAUACACCGUGCGUACCGGAAACUCGCGGCUCGUAUCGACAUGAUGGAUAUGAAAUCUCUAUGGUGCUCUUGUCCCAUCCCCCUCAUGCGGGAGUGGUAUGCCAAGAAGCAGAAGCAGAAGCAGGACAAAUUUGAAACGACUGUUCGUUUCAAAGGCGAAACCACACUACCCGAACAGUGUGGUAUCUUCCGGUCCUCCCCCGCCAACCCAUGCAUCUAUCCGCUCACGGAUCAGAACGUCGACCAGUGGCUGGCCCUCUUGGAAAAUCUGCUGUUGUGA